AUGCGAGCCUCCAACGGCCGCCGCCUCCACGAUCCGAAGCCCCCUUCAUUCCUUCCCCUCCCCUUAGCCCCGCGCACCACAACGCCGCCACCGCCACCGCCACCGCCGCCCCCCUCCUCGCCGCCGCACGCCAUCCCGCCGCUCAACUUCCGCUACCUCAGCACCUGUCCGCGCUGGUCUGCCUGGGUCGCCGGCGCACUCCGCGACUCCGUGUUCACGCCCAUCCUCGCCUCGUCCGCCAUCUCCGGCGCCGUCGCCGCCUCCACCGCCGCCGUCUCCCCCGACCGCGCGGCCCUCUCCGCUCUGCUCUCGCUCUGGGACCCGGGUACCCACGCAUUCCGUCUCCCAGCGGGCCCCGCCACCUUCACGCCCGAGGAUGCGCUCGUCCUCGCUGGUCUGCCCCCCGCCGGCGCGCCGCUGGACCGGACCCUCACGCCAGAGGAGGAUGACCUCCGCGUCCACCUCGUCGUCGAGAGGGAGAAGAUCAAGGAGCUCCACCCCGUCGCCCGUGCCGCGCGCCGCGUGUCGGCGGAGGUAUGGCUCGAGUGGUUCGACGGCGGUGGCAUACGCCCGGACGAGGACGAUGAGCUGCGGCGGCUUGGGUUCCUCGCCUACUGGCUCGCCUUUUUUGUCACGCCAAGGCUGCGGUCGAGGGGUGGCGAGCUGCCGGAGCGCGCCUUCGCACUUGCUGCGAGGCUUAGUCUUGGUGAGCGCAUUGCCCUUGGCCAGUCGAUGGUGGCAAAUCUAUAUGCGGAAAUGGAUAAGAUUGUUACUUGCGCUGUGGCCAAUGGGGUGUCUGGCCGUCUAGAUGUCUGUGUGCCGCUCUGGAUGCUGCAGGUGUGGAUGUGGGAGCGCUACAAGAGGCUGUGCCCGCCGGAGCUGAAGGCGCCGCAGUUCCCCAUUUCCAAUGUCAGGGUAUUGUAUUGGAGCCGGAGGAAGAAGACGAGCACAUCCGAGGAGGCUCUAAAGAUUUUGUGGGACGAAGUAUGCUUUGAGUGGAGGCCCUAUAGGUACAACUCCCUGAACUGGAUGGAUCCCAAGUGGUUCAAUAUGCACACCAUUUUAGUGAUCUGUCAUGGUAAAGAUAAGCCAGAGUGGUUGCUGGAUUACAUUGCUGUUAUCAGUCAAACAAUGUUGACUGGGUUUCAUAGUGAUGACAUGGACAAUUCAGUACUGUACAAUCCACAGCUUGUUGCCAGACAGUUUGGUUAUGAUCAGGCUGCUCCUGUGUCUAUUGCCAGGGAAAUUGACUUUGUGGAAACUGAGUUGUGGAUACCAAGUAUCAGUAGAUAUGGAAUGCCUGGUGAAGAUUAUGUUGCAUGGUGCAGCAGUGGGCGGUUCUACAAGCAUCAAGAUGAUGAUCAAUAUGGUUGCUCGGUGUUACGAGAUCGUGAAAAUGGGGCUACUUCGUCGCAACUGAUUGUAAAAGAGCAGCUGGGGAAAAUGGAUAAUGGAAGUCAUGAGAAUGAAACCAAGGUGAUUGUCUGUGGCCUUGCUGCUUGUGUUAAGGACAGCAGAACUACUUCAAUGAAAUGGAAGGAGAAGAAACACAGAGAUAAAUUUGCUGAAGAUGGAGGUAAUAAUAAGAAGAAAAGCAAAGUAGAAAGUAACACGGAAAGGAGUCCAUUGCAAUUGGAAGGUCAGAAGUAUUCUUCGCUGCAAGAAGAUCUAAAUUCUGAUUCUAAGAAAUGUGACGAGUUGGCACAAGUUGACAGCGAUGAUGAAUGUAUUGUUCUCGAACAGCCCAAGAAUAAAUGUGAAGUAAUAAACCUGGAUGAUGAGGAGGAGGAACAGAGUGCCCCUAAUCCAGAACAUCAUAACAUGCAACUUGUCCUAGAACUGGAAGAGUAUGUUCGCUCCGGGCUUCUCUCGCAAUGGGAGGAAAGCUCGGAUGAAGAUGAUGUAAGUGGAAGCAAGCGAGAAACCCUGAAGAAAAGCAACAAUGACCCCUAUGCUGAAGCAGCCAUGAGAGAGUACCCUCUGUUCUUUGAGUUCAUUCCUCAAAAACCACAUUACAGAGGCUUCGUGAACUAUGAUGAAACUUUAGGAGAUCUACCUUACAGUGGAUUAUGGUUUUUGCUAGUUGGCUUGGCUAAGGAGGUGCUCAAGACGUCAUGUGAUACAGAUGCUUCUGAAAUUACAUAUCUGAUGAAGAAAGCCCAGCAUUUAGAGCAACUGGGUUUCAACAUGAAGCAUCUCAUUGCCCGCUUAAAGGAUCCACAAAUCAGGCUUAGGAAGCUUCAAGAUUCUAGAGCAAGGCUUGAGCAUGCUCGUGAGAAAGAGAAGGAGGGCAACGUAGUUGAAUCUCUUUCAAGUCAUCUGAAUAAACUGAAAGGCAACACAAAAACGAUGGAGAGGCAUCUGGAUGGAAAGAAGCAAGCUUUCAUUUCAAAUGUACAUGAUAAAUUGAAUGAAGGAAUUAAUCUUGUCAGUUUGGAAAAGGAAGUAGAAACUGCUGAAAAAUAUUGUCAGGCAAUGAAGGAUGAAGUAGCUGCAAUGAGAAUGAGGUACUCAGAUUCUGGAGUUUAG